AUGUUUUUCUCGUUUAUUUUCAUUGUUUUCCACACCGUUGCAAUUUCGGCCUCGACAAACAUCGGCACCUCUUUACACCCAGUUUACAAUUAUAAUACAAUUCCAAGCCAUAUUCACGGGGCCUUAAAAAAACGGGCUUAUAUUACCAGCAACUCUAAUUGUUCAGAUUCAGAGGCCUCUAAAAUUCAUGCCGCGCUAAAAAGUUGUGCCCAGCUCGCCUCGUGGGGCUUUCACGCCGUUCAAAGUAACAAUCAGUUAUUUAAAUUAAUUUUUAAAACUGACAGCACAGAUAUUCAAGACCUUGUUAAGAGCAAUUUCAAUGAAAUUUACAGAGAAUGUAGUAGAGAAACGGACGAAGUUUCUAUAACCUGCCGGGAUAUAGGUGCUCAGAAGUGCGUCCGAGAUGGAGUUCAUGCUUUGGGCUAUGCAAGAAUUCCAUACAAACAGGUUAUUAUAUGCCCUACUUUCUUUAAUAAACCCGCAAGCAGUAGGGAAGCUACAGCAGGCAACCAAGAUACAGUUAUAUUGCAUGAAAUAGCGCAUAUAGUUUUAGAUACGUACGAAGAUUAUGGUUACGAAUGGGAGGGGAUUUCCAAGUAA